AUGAGCUUUCAGAUUCUUGCGCCUCUGGGCUGGGCCCAUUUCUGUGCGGCCGCGCUGAGCUUCGUGGGGUAUGGGCCCAGCGAGGGUCCUUUCGAUGAGUUCGAGGCUCCACCGAUCCGUCCACUCGUGCAGGCUGCUUUGGCGCAGUACACGACGUUGGACCUGGAUCAGAUUGACUAUUGGGCCAUUGAAGUUGGGAACGUGGGGUGCCGGGAAGCUCUGGUUUCUUACGGCACGGAGGAUGCUCCACCCCUGCUUUUGGAGCGAUCCACGAUGCCCGCCAGAUGGCAGGGUCGCGACGAACCGUCCCCUUGUGGCGGGGCCUUAUCGGUGAAAUGGACCCCAUCAUCUGACGUCAAGUAUCCUUGGGAGGACCACCCGGCAAGCUGGAUUUGUGGUUUCGGAAAAUGUGUCUCGGUGACUGUCGAACUGUCUAUUUGUGUCUCAGCCUUCUCUUUACUCUGUCUUGCCCUUCGUUCAUAG